AUGAUUCAUGCUGUUUUAAUAUUUAACAAGUCCGAACAACCAAGGUUGAUGAAAUUUUACACCCCUGUUGAUGUAAAUAAACAACAGAUAUUAUUCCAACAAGUUUAUGAUUUAAUAAAUAAUAGAAUAAGCGAAGAACAGAGCUCGUUUCUAGUAACGCCACCAUCAAUACUGUUGAAAGACAAUGGUGCUAGUGCUGAACCAGAUGGCACGGAUAUUCAAAUCAUAUAUAAGAAUUUUGCCACUUUGUAUUUUGUUUUUAUUGUAGAUGAUCAAGAAAGCGAAUUAGCCAUAUUGGAUUUAAUUCAAACAUUCGUUGAAUGCCUAGACAUGUGUUUUGCUAAUGUUUGUGAAUUAGAUUUAGUUUUCGGCUGGCAAACUUUGCAGAGUGUUUUGGAAGAAAUGGUCCAAGGUGGUAUGGUUAUAGAAACGGAUAAGUAUGAAAUAGUUAAAGCUAUAGAUUUGUUGAACAUGGCCAAUGGCAAUGGUAACAUGGGAGGUCCAGCUGGUAGUAACGCUAAUACAGAUGGUUCCUAUUUGACAGGGAGUUUGGCGAAUGCCUUUUCAAUGUUUACCACUGGUGGGUUUUCUACGUGGGGCGCUGGUUCUUAA